CCAGACCGGCCGGUGUACGACCCCAUCGAAGCCAAAAUUUUCCAUCUAAAACGCGGGAAAAUUGAGGAGCUAGGGUUAGGUUCUGUUGAGGCUUCUUCAAAAUUACUGCUUUGAUUUCAUUUCUCCUCCCUUCUGAAGAUUUCCGAAGAUUCAGUUUUACAUUCCCAAUGUGAAAAUGCAGCUGUGGAGAGUAACUUGAUGGUUAGCUACCCGUCACAGUUUCUUUAAGCACAGGAAAGGCCUUCUAAAAUGUUGGACAACAUGGACCAAGAUGUAACAAAGAAGUUGAAGGGAUCGGAUGGAACUGCAGUGCCAGUUGGAUAUGAUAGUCCCAAGGACGGGAACCUAGUCCUUGAGGCAUCAAAGAGUUUGGAACAAAAGGUUGAUGGUUUGACUGAUGGAAAUGAUGGCAACACUAAAGCAGAGCACCUCACUCAGAGGAACAAUGGGUCGGAGAGCAUGCAAUCUGCUGAAAAUGAUGUGAAGGUUCAUACUCAGGUCAGUCCUACAACUAAAGGGGAAACGAAUGAGAAUUCCAAAAGUGUUUCCGGUACUGCACCUCCUGCUGUUGGUUAUGUUGGAGUAUCUCUCGGGCCGCCGUAUGAGACAAUAGGAAUUAGCACAGCUUUUGUUGCUCCUUCUGCUGGUUCUGGGUUUCCUUUUGGUGCACCUGUUCUGGAUGAAAGGCAGAUGAAACGAGAGAAAAGGAAACAGGCUAACAGAGAAUCUGCAAGGAGAUCUAGGUUAAGAAAGCAGGCUGAAUAUGAGGAACUGGUGAAGACAUGUGAAUCCUUAAACGCGGAGAAAAUGGCUCUUCAAUCCAAAAUAGAAAAUUUGAAAGGGGAUUCAGAGACACUGAGGCUUGAAAAUGCCACAUUAAGGGAGAAGCUGAAAAAUGCUCAGGCAGUGACGCAAGGAGGGAUUGCUUCAGUCAAGAUUGAAGUAGACUUGGAGCUGCCAAAUGAUGCCAAAAAUAUAAUUAGCAACUUGGGUUCUGUAAGCAGGAAUGGUGAACUGGAUCGCGAGAAACAUGAAAGUUCCAUGGCUGAAGCCAAGUUCCAUCAGCUGUUGGAAUCAAACUCUAGGACCGAUGCUGUUGCUGCUAGAUGAUAAGGAAGCUGGUGUUGUCUGCAGCCUCACAUCACACUCAGUGGACUGAAAAAUCUAAUUAACUUAACUUUUGGUUUACGACCAGCAGGUGGAAAACAGGAAAUUCCGAGCGGAAGGUCAGAAAUAGAUGUUUCUAAUUUAUUGUUCCUUUAGAAUUCAACUCUCCUUUGUGCUAUGAUGUACUAGAUUCGAGAUUGUGUUGGGGAUUUUGUGAUGAAUUUAGGUGAGGCUAAAACUGUGUUUACAUAUUAUGAACAUGAACAUUCCAAGGGAUUGGUCUCUGAAGUUAAGUGAUUCGUAAUUGUUACUGCA